AUGCUGUGGGCUGCUCAUCAGCCUGAAAGCCAUAAAAUAUUCCCCCUUAUUCACAGCUUGGUAGCUGUAAAGGACACAGACUCACAGCAGAUCAGCUAUUCUUUAUUGUCCCCAUUCUGGAGAGCUACAGCUUUUAUGGAAACCCUGAGUAAGCAUCUCGAAUACCUUGGGCUUUGUGGAGAUGACACAGAAGCUGAAGAUCAGAUCCUUGAAAGUCUGAAUGGGAUUCUCCUGGCUCUUACUGAAGAUAAGCAGAGAACCUUCCGCCUACUCAGAGGGAGUGGGAUCUUCCAGACUUUGGCAAAAAUCCUGAGGGGCAAUCCACGAUGUGCAGUGAAAGCAGCCCACGUGCUUUCAGAGAUAGCCAAAAAUGAGCAAAUGAAGAAACCAUGUAUUGAAGCAGAUUUGGUUCCAACACUGAUACCUUUGCUGGAGAGCACAGACCAAGAAAUGCUGCUUCAUGCUGGGAGGGCCAUUGGCCGUAUCUGUUACGAUAAUCGUGACCUUCAGGAAGAGCUGGUGAAGGUUGGAGUAAUCCCAUCACUGGUCCGAAUAUUAACUGACUAUGCAGAGAGUGAACCACUUGUCCAUGUUGCUCUACUGGCCUUGUACAAUCUUGCAGACCUUGAUUCAGCCAAGGAAGCUCUAAGCAUGACAAAAGUUGCAGAACAGCUGGUGAAACAACUGAGGAGAGCAGAGAGCCAUGAGAGGUUAGAGAUUGUCUUUGAGGUCCUGCAAGCACUUGCAGAAAAUGAUGCUCUGAAAGUGCAGCUGGUGGAGGCAGGAGUGCCAGAGGUGCUGUCUGAGAUCCUGCUGAGGCUCCAUGGCAGCUCACAAGCUCAAGACACGUGCAUUGUGAAGGCUGCAUCGGAUCUCAUUGUGUCUCUGCUUCUUGGAGACGGGAACUGUUUGCGAAUGAUUCAGCUGGGAAUCAUCCACCAGCUUCUGGAUCUUCUGGAGAAACACGUUCACAGUGGGGACACCUCUGUUCAACAAGCUGCACUCAGUGCACUUCAGAACCUUGCUGUACCAGUUGUCAGCAAGGUUCAGAUGCUGGAGGAAGGYGUUGCAGAGCGAAUUGAGGCACUUCUAAGGUCAGAGAGUCCUCCUGUGCAGUCCAAACUGCUUGGAACCUUACGGAUGUUAGCAGAUGGUCAAGCUGAURCAGCUGAAAUCCUGGGCCAAGACCCCUUGCUGCUGAACAGACUGGUGCAGUGGUGCAGUGUGAGUGACCACAGUGGCCUUUGUGGAGAGGCACACCGGCUGCUGGCAUCCAUCCUGCAACACAACAGAUCCCUGGAAGUGGUCAAAGCCAUCCAGGCAGCACAAGGAGUGAAGCAUCUGGUUUCCAUGACAACAAGUGAACAUGCUGUCAUGCAGAAUGAGGCUCUGAAUGCCUUGGCAAUAGCAUCUGCCAUCGAUUUAGAAACCCUUGAAGAAUCUUUCAAGGAAUCACAGCUAGUUCAAAGCUUACACAAACUUCUAAAAGAUGAUAACACAAGUCCUGAGGUGAAAUACAAUUCAAUGGGCCUUUUGUGCAGACUUCUUAAUUCAGGCGAUCUGAGACAAGAAAUAGAAAAGGACAAGAUUAAGGACACCCUUGAACGACUCUGCAGUCACAGCAAUGCAAACGUGGUCAAGGAAGCCAUCACAACAUUACAGGUUUUGAGAGGAGAGACAGCCCAGUAA